CUCUCUCUCUCUCUCUCUCUCUAUAUAUAUAUAUAUAUAUAAGUCUAAUUUGGUGAGUUAGUUUGUGGCAAUACUUUCAAGUGAAGCAAAAUGGCAAGUUGUCAUUACACUUCUUCUUCAACUCCCAAAAUAGAGAGAAGGAUUAUAGAGAAGAAUAGGAGGAAUCAUAUGAAGAGUCUCUAUUCCAAGCUCUACUCUCUGCUCCCAAAUCAUGAUCCCUCCAAGGAGGCAGUACCACUACCGGAUCGAUUAGAAGAAGCUGAAAAAUACAUAAAAAGCUUGCAAAUGAGGUUGGAAAAAUACAAGGAGAAGAAGGAAACACUAUUAGGUAGAAAAAGAUCACAUUCAUGCAUAACUGAUUUCAAACAAGCUUUAAAAUCACCUCAAAUCGAGAUUCGAGAAAUGGGUCCUGCUGUGAAUGUGGUUCUGAUAAGUGGGCAAGAAGACAAGUUCAUCUUUCAUGAAAUCAUUCGUUUAAUUCAUGAAGAAGGUGCCGAGGUUGUCAAUGCCAGUUUCUCAGUCGUUGGAAAUUCAAUUCGCCACGUAGUACACGCAAAGAUUGGGGAAUUGGCUCCUAAAUUUGAAGCUGCACGGGUAUCAAAUAGGCUGAGAGAGUUUGUUAAUGGAUCAAUCAGCGAUGUAGAAUCACAAUCAGAAUCAUUGGAAUUUGAAAUCCAACCUGAUAUGUGGGAGUUUGAAAUUCCUCAAAUAUUGCCUUUGGGAGUUUAUAGUAAUUAGGUCAUGUUUGUUUGGGCGGACUGGAUUAGUAUUCCCAUAACUAAUAGUCCUAGGACUACGAAUCCGUUGGAUUAUGUAUCCUAUCUUAACUAAUAGUUAAGUUUAAAAUAAUUAGUCCGUAUUUCAAUUGUUUAACCAAACAUCGGAUUAAUAAUUUUAUUGGACUAUUAGUUCAAUUCCAAGCUCAUGUCCACCCAAACAAACAUGACCUUAAUGGGUUAUAAUUUCUGGGAAAUGAAAACGUUCUUGAUUCCAUCAUGUUUAGGUGUACCAGAAAUUAAUGCAAGUUUUCUUCCUCCAAAUCUCCAAUGUGAUCUGUAAAAUGUAAGUAGAAAGAAAUAAUUGGCUUAUUUCAGAAUGAAAUGAGUUUGAUCCUUGCUAGUACUUUUGUCAA